AUGUUCAAGCAACUGUCGCAGUUCGGGAAGAAUAUCACAGAUGAGCUUGCCAAAGGCAUAAAUGAGGACACGGCCUCGGAGGGCCAACACGGUGCUGGGGCGCAGGGCGGCAGGCGCGAGGAAGGCGGGUCCCCCUACGAGGAGCUGCCUAAGGAGAUACAAGCAAAGUUACGGAAGUUUGAGAAGUACGAGCAGAAGUACCCUCUGCUGCUGAACGCUUACAAGGCAGAGAAAGAGAAAUCCGAUGAGGUGGAGCUGCUGCUGAAAGUGCUGAGCGAGAACACGCCGGUGUCUGCAAUUGGCGACGUGGAGACGCUUCGCGGGUUCUUUGAAGAUGUUGGCGUCAAGACUGCGAUGCUAACGGAGGAGAUCAAGCGGAUUACUGGCGAAAACAACGGCCUACAGAAGCAGCUCGCAGAGGCCCAGGAGAGCCUGGAACAGCGCCAACGGGAUCUAACGUCCAGGGAGGAGGAAUUGGCUAAAAGCUCGCGCGAGGCAACCGAACUCCGCGAACUACGCCAGCAGGCGGUUGCUGAAAAGGAUGCAGCCGUCACGGAGCGGGACGAUGCCCAAAAGGCCGCUGCGGAGAUGGAAACUCGCUGUACUGAGGCGGAAGCCCAUGCUGCGGAGAUGAAAUCUCAGAUCGAGAGUAUGGAGACCGAGCUGAAGCGCACGGAGAAGUUGCUUACUACGUACAAGUCCACAAUUCAAGAGCUGGGUGCUUCUCAAGCCACCGGGGAGGCACAGCCAUCAUCUGAAGCUCCUUCCGUAAGAGGAAAGAAAGGCAAAGGAAAACGAGGCAAAGGGAAGAAGCGAGUGCAGGCAGCAGACGAAAAGGCGGACACCUCGAGCGAGCUUGAGUUAGGUGAGGAGAAGACACCCUCUACGUCAUCAGCUGGUGAUGAAAUCAUUGAAGCGAUAGAAACAAAGCAGAAGUACGAAAACCUUGUGGAGGAACACCAACAGCUAAGCCUUGAACUGGAGAAGUCACGCCACUGGGAACAAGAGUGCUUAGACUCGCGCAAGAAAGUAGAGACCUUAGAAACAGAGUUAAAGGAUGUCAAGGCCAAGUUGAAGAACAGUAAUGAAGAACUUGAGACGGUCCGCGGUAUGCUGAAAACAGUUGGCAACGAGUUAGUUCAUGCGCGUGACGAACUAAAGCAACUGAACUGCGAAGGAACCAAUGAGGUGGAGAGGUUGAAGAGCGAGCUACAGGAACUUCGGACAGAGAAUUCAACCCAGAUUGCGACCUUGAAGGAGCAACUCCAACUGCUCAAUGACCAGAAGAAAGCUUUAGAAACAGAUGUCGAACAGCAUAAGCGGAAAAUGGAGGACCUUGAAUCCGAGCUUCUGAAGUCCCAGGAGAACGUAUCGAAGUUCAGGAACCAAAACAAUGACUUGAGCGAGAAGCUGCGGGACUAUAUUGUUCUGAAGAAAUCAGAAGCGACCACUAGAAUGUCGCUAUCCCAGAAGGAAAAGACCAUCGAAUAUCUAGAGGAGCAAGUGAGGCAGUAUAACUCAAAAGAGAUUGAAGAUAAGAAAGCAUUUGCUGAUUCGAAGACUGAAUUGGAACGGUGGCAGAGAACGGCGGCCAACCUCGAAAAACAACUAGAACGCAUCCGGCUUGAGACAAAGAGGCAUGACGACAACCUGGAAAGCUAUAUCAAGGAGAAUGGGAAGCUUUCAGAGAGACUGGAGGUUCUGCAGGAAAAAUAUGAUUCAUUGCAGAACCUGAAAAGCAACUCCGGCGACCAGGUCAGUGCGAUAAGGAAGCAGUGUGAGGAAUUAAACUCCAAACUUAAGGAGGCAACUAAGAGGGUCAUGUCACUGGAAGACGAAUUAAAUGAGACCUCGACGGUGUUACAGGAGCGCACCAGAGAGGCAACCACCAUGCGGCGUAUGAUCAACAGCGAUCGAAGCUCGAAGGAUACAAAGAUUCGUGAGCUGGAAGACAGGGUAGCCGCGGCAUCCGAAGAGCGUGACAAGCUGAAGUCGGAACUAGACGUUCUGCUUGCGCGGAAGAAUCACGAAACCCAGGAUCUCAAAAACACAAACCAGGAGUUGGUCGUGAAGAUAAAUGCCCUGGAGCUAAAGGAACAGGAGUUGGCGACUGAGGUACAGCAGCUGAAGGUACUCAACCAAACCAUUAGAAGGCACAGCAGCACGGCAGCCGACGGCUCAGAGGAGCUAGAACUGACGGUGCGGAAGCUGAAGGAUUCCCUGCGCACAUCCGAGAAGAAGAUGCGGGAGUUGAAGGACUCCAACGAGGAAUUGAAAUCGUUGAAUGACGAGCUGAACGCGAAACUGGACAGGCUUGCAAACAGGUACAAGGUUCUGUCCACCCAGCUGAAAAUGUCCAAAGACAUGUCAUCGCAGUCUCGGCACUCAAGCAGAUCCGGCUCGUUGGUUUCACCUUCGUCUGACAAUGAAACCGGCAAUAGUCCCCGGAAAAUCUCCAUCUCAUCCGCCCAUCCUGCACCUGUUGUUGCGUCAUACGACAAUUCGGCCGAAAUGGAGUCCAAUGAGAAGCUUGCCUAUAUCAGAAACGUACUUCUCGGCUUUCUGGAGCAUAGGGAGCAGAGGUCGCAGCUUCUUCCGGUAGUGUCCACCUUACUUCAACUGAGUAGCCAUGAUGAAAAGAGGCUCCUUACGUCCUUAAAGUGA